CGGACAUGCUGCCGACAACAACCUCGAUCGUUUGCAACCAAGUGCCACAGCACUUGACUUCGCAAGUGUUUGACCUGCUUCAGUUGCAGUGGCCCAUUCACGUCCACACGAGGCGUCGAGGGCUCGAGCCACAGCCCAACCAUACUAGGGUACUAGUAGUCACCAACUCCGGACUCCCCGAUGAAGCGGUGGUGGGUCAUGCCCUCGUCAGGUGGACGACGCCAGCAGUGUGUCUCGUCGUGUCGGUGGUGGUCCAUAAGGACAGUCGCCGCCAGCGAAUUGGACGCACGUUGAUGCUCGAAGUUGAGGGAUUCGUUCGACGCGAGUCCCAAGGCCCAGUGACAAUCUACCUCUGGACAACCGACCAAGCGUGACCAAGCUCAUUAUUCAGGGACCUUCUUCGAGUCUCUGGGAUAUGUCGUUUGCGCUCCAUACGUCGAAGAACGAAACGCAUUUCUCUCCGUGGCCCUUGAAACUAAAGUGGCCUCAACCACCCCUCGAGCCGUUCCAGAGGUGACGUGGCUACGACUGGCGAUCGUAUAACGACCAACCACCCUUGGACCAAUUUAACUGUGCAAACCUGAACCUUUGAGGAAUUUGUUGUAGUACGACCCGUCAGGGUACUUCCUGUAAUGUAACGUUAAGCUUACAGUUAGUCUGGCA